AUGGGGAAGCACAAGACCGAUUCAAUCAACUACCGCAAGCCGUGGUCGCCCGAAGAGGACCUGCGGCUGAGUCAGCUGGUGGUCAUCGAGGGAACGCAGAGGUGGUCAAAGAUAGCACUCGAGAUGCCUAGCCGCAAUGGCAAGCAAUGCCGCGAGCGCUGGCUCAACCAGGCGCAACCAGCUGUGUCGUUUGACGGCCAUCGAAAACCGACCGCCGUCCUCUCCUGCAGGUGGGCGGAGAUUGCAAAGCUGCUGCCCGGCCGGACCGACAACUCUGUCAAGAACCACUGGCAUUCAGCCCUCCACCUAAGCUUUCGCCUCAGAAAUGGCUGGGAACUGGCACAGAUUAAAGAGUUUGUGCUGCGCGAGGACCCAGAGUCGCCGCUCGCAAAGUUGCUACUCGACGGCGCGAUUCCAAACGACAAGCGCCCCAUGAAGACCACCGCGGUGCUCUCGGCGCUCGUCCAGCUCCUCCGCGCUCACUCACGCGAAGCCAUGCAACUCGCAAUCCUUCAACUCCACCUCUCCACUGGCUCGACGGGUGACGCCGUGUCCGACUCAAUGCGCCCGGUGGCUCCGACGCCCGAGUUGGACCUCUCUCUUCCCACGCACUUGACGAGCGGCCAGAGCACGCCUAGCGCGAGUGUCGAUUUCGAGGCGGCGCUCGACGCGAUGAAGGGGAUGAAGGGAGACGGCAAGCCGCAAACAUGA